AUGAUACCGAAAGCUCUGUCGCUUUUGCUGCUCGUGAGCGCAGCUGCUGACCAGAACUUGCGCAAGACCACGUGCCCGCUCUGCAACAUGGACGUCAAGCCUGACAUCAACGCCACGAUUCUGGGCAACCAGUACGUCUACGCGUGCGAGAUGGCUGGCCACAUUGAGUCUCUGCAGAACGACCCGUCUGCAAACCUUGGCCUUCCAGAAGAGGCGGACAUUUCUAUGGACGCCAUUUACAAGGACGCGAGGGAGAUCAAGUGCUCCGUGUGCAGCAAGAGCUUCGACGAACUCACGCACGCUGUGCCGUGGAUUUCCAAGGGCGCUCAAAAGAUCUAUACGUGCUCACAAGAGCAUGCACAGCUUGUGUUUGACAAUCCGACCAUGUAUGUGGCGGCCCAGACCUCUUCCGACGACUUUUGCUACGCCGGCGCGGCAGCCAACCCUACGGGCUCAGCCAUGUUCAAUGGUUUCCAGACCGCUAUAGGAGGCGACACCUCGUGUCUGUUGCUGCUCUUUCAGCCGUGGGUGAUCACGUCUGAGGUCAAGUACGUUUUCUCCUUCCUGGGCGUCGUCUUGCUUGCCGUCUUGCUCGAAGGCUUUGGUGAGCUGCGCGAGUUUACGGAAAAGUGGCUCUUUCGAGUCUACGGCGUCGUGUCUAGCCAGACGGACUACAUGUCGUUGACCACGCCACAUGUCAGUGGCGGCAAUGACGACCACACCGCGAGCUACGGUUCGGUUGUGCACAAGGUAGGCUGCGUGCCCGACGGUCCCCGGAUCAGCAUUGUUCGCCGCCUGCCAUUUUGGUGCAAACCGGUGCUAGCAGUCAUGUAUGUGGUGCAUCUGAGUCUAGGCUACUGGGUCAUGCUGGUCAUUAUGACGUUCGAGACGCUCAUGUUCGUGGCAGUAAUUCUCGGUGUCGGUCUGGGCUUUGUCAUCUUCAAAGACACGGAUGCUGACAAGCUCGGCGGCAGUAUCGACCCGUGCUGCUCCACUUGA